AUGCCUCGUCCCAAAGUUCCCGCACAUCAGCGUCAGAGGGCUGUGGAGGCAUGUAAUCUCUGUCGUGAGGCAAAGAAGAGGUGCAGUGGUUCGGCUCCCUGCACUCAGUGUCUCCGCCGGGGUUUGGAGCAUCAGUGCUUCAUAACCUAUGCACCCCGGGGCUCCAGGGCGAGGGCGAGAGCAGAGGCAUCAAUCCGAGCUGCAAGCGAUACAAAUUCAUGGACUAGAGAAGAACCCACAAGUCCAAGGCGACACGCCAGCAAUCAUGCGGUUCAACAGAGUGAUGCCGACACAGUCGAAGUAUUUCAACCACUGUCACCUUCGGAUUCUCGCCAGGAAGAUGGCGAGGGCAGUCAGAGCGAACAGACUGAUGCUUCUUCGACCAAUCCCCCACGCAUGCUGCUCAACUCACGCGGGGAAAGAGUCUAUAUUGGCGGCGCUGCGUCAAUAUCAUUCCUCCAGAUUGUACGGGACUUGGUAUCGCAGCAGAUCGGUCCUUCAGCCUUUUCGCACAAUGAGAAGAGUGACAGAAUGCUUGAGGUUGAAACACCUCAAGCAAACGCGCCAGAGCCAGAGGUCAAUGCCAUGGACUUAGACGGGGAACAAAAACUCAGGUAUUUGAGGUCCUACUACGCUGUCACUGAGGCCUUGAUUCACGUCUUUGAUCCGUCGGAGCUUGAGGCUUUACUCAUGUCUCCGGACAAGAUCAUGACCCCCGAUGGCAUUAGUAGUCUACCAUCGCUCAAACAAACCUCGAUUGACCUUGUUAUUGCCAUAGGCGCUCAGUGUGACUCUCUUGCAAGCGCAAAGAGCAUCGGACAGGCGUCCUUUCGUAACGCCCGUCGCCAGGCCUUUAUGGGGUUCCUUGAAGAUCCUGAUAUAGAUAUGGUCCGCACAUUUCUUCUCAUGGCAUUUUACAUGCUUGGAGAGUGCCGGAGGAACGCUGCUUUCAUGUAUCUGGGCAUCGCUGCCAAGGCCGCUCUUGCUUUGGGUCUGCACAGUCGGGAUUCGUACGCAAAGAAGCCUGGACCUGCUGACCAGCUCAGACUACGGAUAUGGAUGAGUAUAUGUAUCGUUGAUAAACUGGUCAACUCAAUCUUGGGCCGGCCAUCCGCGACUGCUGGGAUCCGCUCAGACAGGAAUAACCUCGAUGACGUUGCUCAACCAGGGGAUCACAUCACGGACUGCCUUGUUGCUUCAAACAAGAUUGUCACAAUUAUCAACGACAUCACAGACACACUGUACGACCAAAAGAAGAUCACAACACCGAUUGUCGAACAGCUGAUGCAGGAUAUUGAGAACUGGAAACGACAUCUACCUGAUUCUAUUCGAAACACGGUGUGCACAGAACAGGCCAGCCCAGGGUCUUUGCCUCCUCAACAUGGGGCAGUCGCCAGAGUACAUGUCUCUUGUUUCUACUACCUUGCUGUGAUGCUUGUAUCGAGGCCUUUUCUUAUCUCUGCGCUCACCUCUCGACCACCAAGAGGAGCUUUGCCGUCUCAACUAGCUGCUGCUUGUCUUGACGCUGCCAUGUAUCUCUCUCAGACAUGCGUUGAGGCCCUGAAUUCCGGCCUCUUGCAGGGAAACAUGUGCAUCAUGAAGGCUCUCAUUUUCGCGGCAGGGUUGGUUCUAGGGUUUGAGAUCUUUGCCAAGUACCCUGUCGACUCCGAUAUCGAAACUGCCUUUCAAGGAGCCAAAGAAGUUCUCACACAUCUGUCCAAGCAAAGUCCACAAGCGGCACAUUACUUGGAGAUUUUGACAACACUCUCUAGUGCCAUUGCAAAGCGUCGCUCAAAAGAGACGUCGUCAGGCAGAAGUCGAUACGUGUCCAAGAUCUUUAGCCUUGAUUCAUCAGGGGAUCAAGGCGAAUCCAGCACACAAGAGUCAACCUGGCCACUGAUUACUCCUAACGAUGGCCAAUUUUUCCUGCGAUUAGAUGAUGAGGCAGCACAAGACUGGUCAUUUCCACAACUGGAGGGAGCUGAUCUCUGCUUGGAUUGGGAGAGUUUGAACAUUUCGCAGUGGGAUAGUUUUCCAUUCCUAUCGUGA